AGAAGAAGCCUGCUGCGCACGUGCUGACGUCCAUCUUGACGUCGUUCCACAGUUCCUGUGGUUCUCGUAGCAAAGCAGGAGGUGGGAUGGUGUUGUUGUGUAGCUAAAGUUGCUGGUUUGAUGGCGGGUUGUGGUGCUUUAGGGCAACGUGUGAAUGUCUGUGGUGAAAAGGUGUUGGGUUGAGCCCCAGAGAGAGAUUAGCAACGAGCAGAAAGUGCUGCUGAAGAAAGAUUGACGGAGUUGAAAGAAGUCUUGGUGGAGCCGGAGGAAGAGAUGGAGGAUGAGCGCAGACUGCUGGAUUUCAGCCGGAUCCCCCUGAUAAUCUUACAGCGAAUAGAUCCUGAAAAAAUUCUCUGUAAAGAUGAUGGAGUUCAAACUGAGCUCAGCAACCAGGAGGGAAACUCCACUUUAGAUGAGAAGGAACCAGAACCUGGGCAGACAAAAGAGGUGAAAAAGGAACAAGAACAACAACAGUUUGUAGAACAAGAGAGGCAACUCUACACCUGUCUGGCUGAAAAGCAACUUGUGCUGAAACGGGAGACUGAUAACAUUUUAACGAUUUCUUCUAACGUGCAAAGAGUCCACAGUGAAGAAGAACAAAGAAGGAACAAACUCAUCUCUCAGGGCCCCUCAGAAGUUAAGAACCAAGAUCAGGAAGGAAACAAUGAGCAAACAGGAAAAAGGAGAGAAGAGCAGAAGCACAAUGAGAAACAUCCAAAAGACACUGCUGACAUUUUAAAACCAAAACCUGACCAAAAUUUAUAUUCUUGUAAAAUUGGUAGUAAAAACCUUUCUCAAAAAAGUCACGUUAAUAAGAUGACAACAGACAAGCCUAAGAAGCCUUUCUCAUGUGAGAACUGUGGAAAAAGUUUUGGUGAUAGAAGCUAUUUAAGAUCUCACAUGAGAACUCAUACAGGUGAGAAGGCUUUCACAUGUGAGACAUGCGGAAAAAGUUUUUCAGGGAAACAGUGUUGGGAAAAGCACAUGAAAAUUCACACAGGUGAGAAGCCUUUCUCUUGUGUGAAUUGUGGAAAAGGGUUUAGAGAUAAAAGCUAUUUAAAAAUUCACACGAUGACUCACACAGGUGAGAAGCCUUUCACGUGUGUCACAUGUGGAAAAGACUUUAGACAUAAAGGCAACUUAAAAAUUCACACAAUGACUCACACAGGUGAGAAGCCUUUCACUUGUUUGAGUUGUGGAAAAGGGUUUAGAGAUAAAAGCCAUUUAAAAAUUCACAUGAGAAUACACACAGGUGAGAAGCCUUUUACAUGUGUUACAUGUGGAAAAGGAUUUAGACAUAAAGGCAACUUAAAAAUUCACAUGCAAAUUCACACAGGUGAGAAGCUUUUCACGUGUGUGAGUUGUGGAAAAGGAUGUAUAAACAAAAGCUAUUUAAAAAUUCACAUGAGAAUACACACAGGUGAGAAGCCUUUCAUGUGUGUUACAUGUGGAAAAGGCUUUAUACGUGAAGGCCUCUUAAAAAAUCACAUGCUAAUUCACACAGGUGAGAAGCCUUUCUCAUGUAUGAGUUGUGGAAAAAGUUUUGGUGAUAGAAGCUAUUUAAGAUCUCACAUGAGAACUCAUACAGGUGAGAAGGCUUUCACAUGUGAGACAUGCGGAAAAAGUUUUUCAGGGAAACAGUGUUGGGAAAAGCACAUGACAAUUCACACAGGUGAGAAGCCAUUCUCUUGUGUGAAUUGUGGAAAAGGGUUUAGAGAUAAAAGCUAUUUAAAAAUUCACACGAUGACUCACACAGGUGAGAAGCCUUUCACGUGUGUCACAUGUGGAAAAAGUUUUUCAAGGAAACAGUGUUGGGAAAAGCACAUGACAAUUCACACAGGUGAGAAGCCUUUCACCUGUGUGAAUUGUGGAAAAGGGUUUAGAGAUAAAAGCUAUUUAAAAAUUCACACGAUGACUCACACAGGUGAGAAGCCUUUCACGUGUGUCACAUGUGGAAAAGACUUUAGACAUAAAGGCAACUUAAAAAUUCACAUGCAAAUUCACACAGGUGAGAAGCCUUUCACGUGUGUGAGUUGUGGAAAAGGGUUUAGAAAUAAAAAGAAUUUAAAAAUGCACACAUUAACUCACACAGUUGAGAAGCCUUUCACAUGUGUCAGUUGUGGAAAAGGGUUUAGAGAUGAAAGCCAUUUAAAAAUUCACAUGAUGACUCACACAGGUGAGAAGCCUUUCACUUGUGUGAGUUGUGGAAAAGGGUUUAGAGAUGAAAGCCAUUUAAAAAUUCACAUGAUGACUCACACAGGUGAGAAGCCUUUCACUUGUUUGAGUUGUGGAAAAGGGUUUAGAGAUAAAAGCUAUUUAAAAAUUCACAUGAGAAUACACACAGGUGAGAAGCCUUUCACAUGUGUUACAUGUGGAAAAGGAUUUAGACAUAAAGGCAACUUAAAAAUUCACAUGCAAAUUCACACAGGUGAGAAGCUUUUCACGUGUGUGAGUUGUGGAAAAGGAUGUAUAAACAAAAGCUAUUUAAAAAUUCACAUGAGAAUACACACAGGUGAGAAGCCUUUCGUGUGUGUUACAUGUGGAAAAGGGUUUAUACGUGAAGGCCUCUUAAAAAAUCACAUGCUAAUUCACACAGGUGAGAAGCCUUUCUCAUGUAUGAGUUGUGGAAAAGGGUUUAGAAGCGAAAGCUAUUUAAAAAUUCACAUGAGAACUCACACAGGUUAGAAGUCUUUCACAUGUGUUACAUGUGGAAAAGGCUUUAGACAUAAAGACUACUUAAAUAUUCACAUGAGAAUUCACACGGGUUAGAAGCCUUUCAUGUGUGUGAGUUGUGGAAAAGGGUGUAGAGAAAAUAGAUUUAAAAAUUCAAAUGAAAACACAGGUGAGAAGCCUUUAUCAUAAAUGACCUGUGGAAAGGGUUUUAAAACAAAACAUUCAACUCUCGUCUCAUAAGGAUACACACAGAGGAUAUUCCGGUGAUAAAGAUUUUACAAAAAAAGUUACUUGGCAUGUCACAUGAGAACUCACACAGGUGAUAAAAGGUAUUCUUCUAGAUGUGUUGUUGAAACAAAUGUAUGAAACGCUUUUUGUUCCAGUGGCAAUGUGACUGGCAAUGUGUCAUUAGGAAUUGUUGUCUUAAUGCCAAAGAGAGCUCAACAGAUUUUACUUUCACACGUGGAGCAGUCAGCUUCGCCAUAGUGC